AAAACAACUGAUCAGGGAAUAUCAUUUCAAUUACUCAAUAAUAUUGUAGCCCAGCCAUGAUAAUAGUAAUUACUAGUACCAGCCAGUCGGUCAGCUGUUGUUUCCUUUGUGAUAAAAUAAUCCAAAAUCUCAUUUUCCAGUUAAUAAAUACGUAAAUAGUAGAUACUAAAUAGUAGUAAAUAGUAGAAAACAAAAGUCGUAUUUUUAUUACUAGAAAUGUCGAAUUUUGUUUUUUUUUUACUAAAUUGUUAUUAGUUUCGACUUUGGUAGUCGUUUUUAAAAUUAAAACGAUUAGUAUUGUUUAACUUCGAUACUAUCGUUGUAGAAAUUGUUUCGUGUGGUAGUUUUUUUUAAUACGAUCUCUAUCCACACGCCUAAAAUGUCUGGUUCUUGUGAAACGAACACCAAGAAACAGAAACUCCAUCACCAUCAUCAGGUGUCGUUGGACGUCAAUGGUGGUAGCGGCAGUGCAUCGACGGCUCCACUUGAUGGUGCCGUUCAAAAGAUCACUACCCCAGCAAUGGGGUAUUUCUGUUUUGAUACACUAUACUCCUAUCUGAACAGUUUGGAGCCUCCCAAGAAACCAGAUUUCACAAAUGAUCCAUUUCCUCUGUUUGUAACAUGGGAGACCGGAAUAGACAAGAAACUCAGGGGGUGUAUCGGCACAUUCAAUUCAAUUGCUUUACACAGUGGCUUACGCGAAUACGCUAUAACAAGUGCACUGAGAGAUUCGCGGUUCAAACCAAUCUCAAGCGACGAAUUGAACCGAUUACAUGUAACCAUAUCGAUAUUGUUACACUUCGAGGAAGGCAAAGAUUACAACGAUUGGGAAAUCGGCGUUCACGGUAUUCGCAUUGAAUUUCAAAAUGAACGUGGAAUGAGGCGAACUGCUACUUAUUUACCAGAAGUAGCUGAAGAACAAGGCUGGGACAAAAUACAAACUAUCGAUUCACUCUUGCGCAAAGGAGGUUAUCGAGGACAUGUAACACCCGAGACUCGUCGCUCUUUAAAAUUGACUAGAUACCAAAGCGAAACUGUAUCAGUCAGUUUUCAAGAUUAUAUGAAUCAUAUGCAGACUCAACGUUGCUAACAGCAUCUUUGGGGCCAACAAGACAUAGUGGCCCCUCAAAUACCAACACUGCCGAUUUUUAAACACCCAAACAUGUAUUUAACUCAUUCACGUCCCUUAUCACAAUCAAAGUAUUUCCAACUACAAGCAUCACCAAUUUAUUUUAACUAUCCAAUAUAAUAUAAAAUCAGAUGACCAGUAAAAAAAAAA